AGCUUGUCUCUUUCUUUUUCUUUGUUUUCUUCUCCAUAGAUAAAAAAGAGCUUUUAAAAACCACACCCAAACAAACCAAACCAAAGGAGGAUACUGCUAUGGGCUGUUUUUCUGAUCCAUGUUCAUCUUCUCCUUCUCGGUUUCUCAGCUUUUCUUGUAAGGAUCACGUCAACACUUUCCGGCUGCUUGCGUCAGCUUCCCGGCAAACCAUUUACUCCUGAGGUUUUUUUACAUCAUCUAUCUUUUGUUUUGGAAUUUUCUUACAAGUACUUUCCCAAGAAAUGAAAAAAAAAAGGCAAAAUUUAGAGCUACAUAAAGGAAACAGUAUCUAUUUUUGUGAUAGUGGAUAUUGAAUCGUAGAGAGAAUGAGUCAAUUUUCCUCCAUGUUCAAUGGAUUAGCAAGGUCAUUUUCUAUAAGAAGAGGGAAAAAUCCAGGGAAUGGUGAUGGAAGAGAAGCUGCAGAGGUCAUGGCAAAGGAUGCCAAGAAAAAUGACCUGAUUUUAAGGUCGUCUGGUUUUGUAAACAUUGAUGGUUCCAACAACUUUGCCUCAGUUUUCUCCAAAAGGGGCAGAAAAGGAGUGAACCAGGAUUGUACUAUUGUAUGGGAGGAAUUUGGAUGUCAAGCAGACAUGCUGUUUUGCGGCAUCUUCGAUGGUCACGGUCCGUGGGGUCAUUUUGUUGCAAAAAAGGUCCGAGAAUCGAUGCCGUCGUCCUUGCUUUGUAAUUGGCAAGAGACUCUAGCUCAGGCAUCACUCGACCCGGAUUUCGAUUUGGAAUCAGAUAAAAAGCACCACAGGUUUCAUAUAUGGAAGCAUUCUUAUCUGCAGACUUGCGCCAUUGUCGAUCGUGAGCUUGAGCAUUGUAGGAAGAUCGAUUCCCUUUAUAGCGGAACGACUGCCUUGACAAUUGUUAGACAGGGUGACCUCAUAUAUGUAGCCAACAUUGGUGAUUCUCGGGCUGUUUUGGCUACAACUUCAGAUGAUGGAAAUUUGGUUCCGAUUCAGCUCACUGUCGAUUUCAAGCCGAAUUUACCUCAGGAGGCUGAGCGGAUAACUCAAUGCAAAGGUCGGGUAUUCUGUUUGCAUGAUGAGCCAGGGGUUCACAGGGUUUGGCUGCCUGAUGAGGAGUCGCCAGGACUCGCAAUGUCUCGAGCUUUCGGAGAUUACUGCAUUAAGGAUUAUGGACUUAUUUCCGUCCCCGAAGUCACGCAAAGACAUAUAACCAGUAGAGACCAGUUUGUUGUUCUCGCAACCGAUGGCGUAUGGGAUGUUAUUUCGAACGAAGAAGCGAUUCGGAUAGUAUCUUCGACACCGGACAAGGCAAAAGCCGCAAAGCAUCUGGUCGAGAGUGCAGCCCGGGCUUGGAAAAAGAAGAGGAAGGGCAUUGCAAUGGAUGAUAUUUCCGCCAUUUGCCUAUUCUUCCAUUCAACUCCAUUAUCUAUAACGUGAAAGGUUAUGUAAAUGUAGAUGGUAAUUGAUGUUGAAGUUUAUGGCCACAUAGUUACGUAUAAUAAUCUUAGUUUAUAUUAA